ACCGUGACACUGCGGGGUCUCAAGAGGCCCCUGCUUCUUUAUUUUAUCAGGCACUGCCAUGUGACACUGCCCACUGCCCCUAAGUCACCUCCAUGCAGGGAGUGGUCCACACGAGGCCCUCCAUUCAGAAGAAGGGGCAACUGGGGUUUGAACCAGCUCUAGCCCUUCCCUGUUGAACGACCUGUCGGCAUUUUCCAAUGUGGCAUCUGCCCAGCCUGCCUACGUCGGGUGGUUCUGCUCCUUUCAUCUGGUCUCCCCUUGUGCCUCGUUACCUCAGGUCAGGCCCAAGAUAUUAGAUUUUUUAAAUCCCGCAAGGUCCAGGGUAUCAUCAGACAGUAUUUCCGCUGGCUCUUUCCAGGCUUGAGGGAGCCAGAGACUGGGGCCACCUUCUUCCAAGUUCAAGACUGAAAGUUCUCAGGCUUCCAGACACCAGGCCCCGUCCCUCCAGCACCUUCCUUCUACCCCACGGCCUUUGGACUGAGUCCCCGCCGUCCUGAGCAGGCCUGGAAUGGGUACUGGUGUGAAGGAAGGCGUGGUGCGUUUGCGUGACGAUGCCGAGCCUGUCCUGCCCGCGCACGUCUCCUCAAAGAGUGAUCACAGGCAAGUUCUCAGCUCCCUUCUGUCUGGGGCACUGGCUGGUGCUCUUGCCAAAACAGCUGUAGCUCCCCUGGACCGAACCAAAAUCAUCUUCCAAGUGUCCUCAAAAAGAUUUUCUGCCAAGGAGGCCUUCCGGCUCCUCUACUUCACCUACCUCCACGAAGGCUUCUUGAGCCUGUGGCGCGGUAACUCGGCCACCAUGGUGCGUGUGGUGCCCUACGCCGCCAUCCAGUUCAGCGCACACGAGGAGUACAAACGCCUCCUGGGCAGCUACUACGGCUUCCGUGGAGAGGCCCUGCCCCCUUGGCCCCGCCUCCUCGCCGGCGCGCUGGCUGGAACCACGGCCGCCUCGCUGACCUACCCGCUGGACCUGGUCAGAGCGCGGAUGGCUGUGACCCCAAAGGAAAUGUACAGCAACAUCUUCCACGUCUUCAUCCGCAUCUCGAGAGAAGAGGGGCUGAAGACCCUCUACCACGGAUUUGUUCCGACCGUGCUGGGGGUCAUUCCCUACGCCGGCCUGAGCUUCUUCACCUAUGAGACCCUCAAGAGCCUGCACCGAGAGUACAGCGGCCGCCCGCAGCCCUACCCCUUUGAGCGCAUGAUUUUCGGAGCCUGCGCCGGCCUCAUCGGGCAGUCUGCCUCUUACCCGCUGGACGUGGUGCGGCGGCGCAUGCAGACGGCUGGCGUCACAGGCCACCAGCGCACCUCCAUCGUGCGCACGAUGCGCACCAUCGUGCGGGAGGAGGGCGUGGUGCGCGGCCUCUACAAAGGCCUGAGCAUGAACUGGCUCAAGGGUCCCAUCGCCGUGGGCAUCAGCUUCACCACCUUCGACCUCAUGCAGAUCCUGCUGCGACACCUGCAGAGCUAGGGGCGGGUGGGGUCGGCCGCCUUUGAGCUUCAGUUGGCGGUGGGCCGCUGACUCCUUCCGUGUCUGAGUCCAGGGAGCAAAGAUGUGCUGGGUUCCACCCAGAAGGCGCACGGAUGCGCCUUGUGGAACAAGCUGGGGGCCUGGGGGGCCUGAGCUCAGUGCGGCCCAGGUCUGAGGGGAAAGCCCGGGGCCCUUGUACGUCGUUGGGACUGGGGGCGGGGUUCUCACGCCCUCCUCUUCCGGCCUCAGCUGGGCUGGGGCUGCCACUGGAGGUGUUCGCCGGGAACGCCCUGAGUGGGGCGUGGCCAGCGCUGCCUCCUAGGGUGUUCUUUGCCCUUGGACAGGCUCCUGGUUCUAGGGACCUGGUCCCCACUAGGCUCAGAGCCAGACCUCGCCUGCCCCUUGCUGUUCUGAGUAUGUGUUCUUGGGCGGGGGUAGGAGGGGGUAGGGGGAGCCCCAGAGAGGGUGAGGCCAAGGCCUGGCCUCCAUGAGACCAGCCUUCUGCUCAGCUGUAGCUCCAAGUGCAGGCUCCCACCCUGCCCCGCCUUUCCUGCCUUCACCACUAUUUCCCAGGUGACUUGUCCCUCCCCAGAGCCUGAGGCUUCUCCCAAGAGUGUUAUCCUGAUCACAGACUCCUGAUCCCAGGUCCCAGAGUUGGGUCUUCCCCUCUGUUACCCCACUCCCACCCAGUUUGUACGGUUCCCAGGAGGGUCACGCCUCCAGGCAACAGGGUUUGAGAAAUUGCCAUGGGUUUGGGUCUGAGUCCCAACCUGGAGAUAUCUGCCUGGAUUGCCAGGAAGCUCUCGGCCCUACUCCACUGGCUGCAGUAAUGGAGGCUGGGCCUCAGGCCCUGACCCUCUGCCCCUAGGCGUGGGGACUCCUGGGGGGGGGACCCAUGGCAUCUGGCACAUUGUGGGCACCCCCCCCCUCCCCCGAGCAGUGACUUGGCUGGGACCUGGGGCAGUUUAAGGCCCGUCGGGUUGUCUGAUUUCCCGUGAAUGGAGAACACAGAGGCAGCUGGCAGCCUUGAUUGUCCCAGGGUGGAGCCCGAGAGAGUCAGGCCCCCAGGGCGCUGGUCCCACAGAGCCCCCAGGGCCCACCAGGAACCACAGGGGCUCAGAAACACCUGUUUUCUAAUGAUGUUUGGAGUUUGAUUUUUGCUUUUGUUUUUCAAUCCGGCUGGCCCUGGGUCUAGACACCAUAAACCCUAACCAGUCCAGUCUGGUUCCAGGACCUGGACAAGGAGAGGGCCGGUUUUCCCAGUGGGCUUAAUAGCCGUGAGGUGUGAGAGUCUGAGAGGGUGUGUCUCCGCCACAUGUGCAUUUCCGGUUGUGACUUCCACUUCCUCCUUUUAUUCUGUCCUGUUUCCAUUUUUCUUGCCUUAGUCCCCUGGGUGGGAAGACCCUUCCUUCUGUCCUUCCUGCAUGUCUCCACCAGCCAACCCCAGUCUUGUUCCCAGACUCUUGUUCCCAGGGAGCCCGAGCUGUCCCAUUGGGUAAACGUCACACCCACCUUGUCUCUCAGCCUUGCCCAGCGCUCAGGAGAGGCAGGGGCACCCCUCACAGGGAGACGGGAUGGGAACAUAAGGUGCCCAGGCUGGGGGUCCACCCCUGGUGGGUGAGACCGAAUGGAUGUUUAGGCAGGGCCCUCCCUGAGCUGCAGGCUGGGCAGGAGCAGGGAGAGCCCCCAGGGUUCCCAGCCCCAGUGCGGCUCUCCAGGGUGGCUCCCAGCCAAGUGCACCUCGGCAGCGCCGACGCCCCUCAACCCUGAGCCCUGCACACAGCUGGACCUUUGCCCUCGGCAGUCAUACCCCUCUCACUGUUGCCUGGCCUGAUUUGGAGUUACAUUUUGAUGCCAUGAAGACACUUUGUUUAUAUAUAAUGUUUAUAUAUUUUAAAGAUUUGUGCCAAGAGAGUAUAUUUAAUAAAAAUCAAAAUGAU